UGUGGGAUGCGGCAAGAGAGGCAGAGGGGAGAGUGAGUGACAGAGUGAAAAACAGAGUGAAACAACAGCGAGGGGAGCGGGAAAGAAAAGGAGGAGAGCAUUAAAAUAACCCGCGUUACGGUUAUUUCAGCAUCUGACAUUCAGGUUUGCGCAGACAGAUAGCGGAAGAAAAAGUUCAGAGCCCACGAACCAGCGCGUGGGAGUGGGAAGCAGGAUCGUGACUGACUGAGGAAAGCUCCACUGUCUGUCUCAUCAUGGCAGGACCUGGAGGUGACAUGCAGUGGUGCUUCUCUCAGGUGAAAGGAGCCAUCGACGACGAUGUAGCUGAGGCGGACAUCAUAUCCACAGUUGAGUUUAACCACACAGGGGAGCUGCUGGCCACAGGAGACAAGGGUGGGCGUGUAGUCAUUUUCCAGCAGGAAAUAGAGAAUAAGAAUCAGCCUCAGUUCCGGAGCGAAUACAAUGUUUACAGCACUUUCCAGAGCCAUGAGCCCGAGUUUGACUACUUGAAGAGUUUGGAAAUAGAAGAGAAGAUCAACAAAAUUCGCUGGCUUCCUCAAAAGAACGCUGCGCAAUUCUUGUUGUCAACUAACGAUAAGACAAUCAAGUUGUGGAAAAUCAGUGAACGAGACAGGAGACCAGAGGGUUAUAAUCUCAAAGAGGAGGAUGGACGCUACAAAGACCCCAACAAUAUCACAUCACUGCGGGUACCAGUUUUAAUACCAAUGGACCUCAUGGUGGAAGCCAGCCCACGGAGGGUGUUCGCCAACGCUCACACCUACCACAUCAACUCUAUCUCAGUCAACAGUGACAAUGAGACUUACCUGUCUGCAGACGACCUCCGCAUCAACCUCUGGCACCUCGAGAUCACUGACCGCAGCUUCAAUAUUGUUGACAUUAAACCAGCCAACAUGGAGGAGCUAACGGAGGUGAUCACAGCAGCAGAGUUUCAUCCUCAUCAGUGUAACACCUUCGUCUACAGCAGCAGCAAAGGAACCAUCCGUCUGUGUGACAUGAGGGUUUCAGCGCUGUGUGACAAGCACUCAAAAUUGUUUGAGGAGCCAGAAGAUCCCAGUAAUCGCUCCUUCUUCUCUGAGAUCAUAUCCUCAAUCUCAGAUGUUAAGUUUAGCCACAAUGGACGCUACAUGAUGACCAGAGACUACUUGUCUGUGAAGAUUUGGGAUCUGAACAUGGAGAACAGGCCAGUGGAGACCCAUCAGGUUCAUGAGUACCUGAGGAGCAAGCUGUGCUCGCUCUAUGAGAAUGACUGCAUCUUCGACAAGUUUGAAUGCUGCUGGAAUGGCAAUGACAGUGUGGUGAUGACUGGCUCAUACAACAACUUCUUCCGGAUGUUCGACCGCGGCCAAAGGCGUGAUGUAACUUUGGAGGCGUCCCGAGAAAACAGCAAGCCCAUGCAGGCCCUAAAACCCCGCAAAGUGUGCGCAGGCGGCAAGCGCAAGAAGGACGAAAUCAGCGUGGACAGUUUGGACUUCAACAAGAAGAUCCUUCACACUGCCUGGCAUCCCCAGGACAACAUCAUUGCAGUGGCGACGACCAACAACCUCUACAUAUUCCAGGAUAAAGUGAAUUAACUAUUGGGUGAGCAUAUGUCAAAGUUGGCAUGGGUGACGUCCUGUGAACCACGUGCAGCCUCUCAGCCUCAUCCAGAGUGUUCUGUGGUAACGCCGACAACCAGCAUCCCUGUCCGUCGCUACUGGGUGACCAGACUUUGCCACUUUGUUCUAGAUGUGGACAGAGGAAGCCUCGCUCUUGCCCAUCAUCAGCCUGUCAGUGGCAGAGUUACACCCGCCUUGUUGUUUAAGUGAUGUUGUGCCAAUUGUUUUGUUAUUUUUUUUUCCCCUGUUUUUUUUAUGUUUUGUUUGGGGGAGGGGCAGAUCACCUGCCUUUUUCUUCCCCUUGGGUAUCAUGGGUAGGUAAACCAGUAUAAUUUCCUUAAAAUUCUGAACACAGACACACUUAUUUUUAUAACUUUCCCCCAAUGGCUCUGUGGUAGAAAAUGAAACACUUAUUUAGUACGUCCCCUUAUUGUCCUGUGCCAUCGUAGUGUUUAUUUUUCUAAGAAAAAUUGCCAGAUUUUUUUUGUGUAUACACCUUUUAUUCAUCUGUGAUACUGUCAUAGUAUUCUAUGCGUCUCUUAAAAUGUCUCCCCUCUUUCAUUAAACCAUGCAUACUUAACAGUCACAAAUGUAUGGUCACAGUUUUCUUGUACUUGCUGCUCACACUGGAGAGCAACACUUCAGCGGUUGUGUUUCCACAGAUUGAAAUCUGUGAGGAGUUGAGGAGGAGUUUCCACUCACUGUUGACCUGCCUCAGGCUCUGGAUGGCCAAAUGGGUUCAGACUCCAGACUACUUUCUUUUUUUUUUUGUGGAUUGGCUCUUUGUGUCGACAUCUGUGCAUUGGUUCCUCUAUUUCUUUUGUUUGUGUUUAACAAUAGUCAGGUAUAAGAGAUAGCCUAUUCAAAGAUAAUUAUUAUGAUUGUCAUAUUUAUAUUAAAAAAGUUAAAAUGUCACUAGAUUUGUUCCGUCCUGUUUUGUGAAAUGAAGCCGGACCUUUCACCCAUCUUUUUGAGUGAUCAGAAAUAUUGUCUUCUCCUGGUGUACCACAGCUCUGAAACAGUACUUCACAACAGGGGAAACCUUUGAUUUGACACUGGACUCACUUACUGCACCAACUAAAGUACUUGGAUGUGUUUAUAAGACUGGAGUUUUCAAAGAAAACAUUAUUUGAGUAAGUCACUUAAAGUGUUUAAACUACUGCAGACAUUAUUACUGCAACUGUAUGUGAUGGUACAAUAAGCUGCAUAAGGAUGUGCGGCAGUUGAUGUUUCCACACGCGUAUUUAAAAUGUGGACAGUUCAGAUUAUAUUGAUGCCUCUAGCAAUGUAUAACUACAAUUUUAAUCUAUGACAGUGAAGAUAAUAAAGGAACUACUUUUUGCA